CUCCCUCCUUCCUUGCGGCGCAGCCGUUCGGGUUCCCUCUAAAGGACGCCCGACGUGAGCCCGGCGGGUUAGCCGAGAUGAUGACGCCGCCGCCUCCCCCCGCUCGGCCAGAAUGAGCUCCUCCGACGGCCUUCCUCCGCCCGCCCGACGGUGCCGGGAGGCCGUGGCCGAGCUGGCCAUGGUGCUCCUCACCGCCCUGGGGCCCGGAGCUGCCCGGCUCUUCUACUACCCGACCCUCCUGUACACCCUGGUCCGGGAGCGUCUGCCGGGCUCACAACGGCCCUGGUUCAGCCGCAUCGACCACGCCGUGCUCCUGGGCGCCCUGCCUCUGAGGGGACGAUGUCGCCAGCUGGUGGAGGAGGAGAAUGUCCGAGGUGUGCUCACUAUGAAUGAAGAAUAUGAGACUCGUUUUCUGUGUUGCUCUCCAGAGGAAUGGAAGGCUAUGGGAGUAGAACACCUGCGCCUCAGCACUGUAGACUUGACUGGAGUCCCCUCCAUGGAAAACCUGCACAAAGGCGUUGAGUUUGUAUUGAAGCAUCGUGAACGUGGGAAUAGUGUAUAUGUGCAUUGUAAAGCUGGCCGUUUUCGCAGUGCAACCAUGGUUGCUGCUUAUCUAAUUCAAGUCCAUCAGUGGACUCCUCAAGAAGCAAUAGAAGCUAUUGCUAAAAUCCGGCCUCAUAUCAUCGUCCGCAGUAAACAAGUACAAUUGCUAAAGGACUUUCAUAAGUGUGUAACUCUUGGAACCCCAACACAGUCAGAAGAAGAGCUGCAUGAUGAAGAGCAGAAACUACCACUGCAUAGACAGAAUGCCCCUCUGAAAACAGCGGGUUCCUAAUGGAUUUUUUAAGAAUGGGCUGCUGCUGUUUCUGCUACCAGUUAAGCUUCCUGCACUAUUAGAAUAAAAGACUUCUAAUAGUUCCAAGCUUUCCAACUGAUAAGUGGGCAUAUUUUGCCCUGCCUGUCCUGUUGCUCAUCUGGAACAGAUGAAUGGGACCAUUCUUACCAGUGUUUAAAUCUUAAAUACAAGUCAUUUUGAACCAC